ACGAUUGAUGAACGUAAAAAAGUUUCCUCGAACGUAAAACACGUACGAGGAAAAAAAUUCCAAGUGGGCCCAGGGCCCCAGAAGUCCCAGGAGUCCCGGGAGUUCCAGGAGUUUCAGGAGUCCCAGGGUGCAUAUACCAAUUUUGUUUCUUUCGGCUGGUCGUACCAGCUGACAAAAUCCAAGUGUCUCUCAUUCCUACAAAGCAAAGUCAAUCGAAGUUGGAAGUGCAAAAUAAUAGACAACUAACAUACAUAAAUUAGUGAAAAAAAAUGUGGAUUCUUGAAGACGAAUCAGAUCAACGCUAUUAUCCAAGUCCUUCUAAGCCAUUUAUUAUUGGUAGGAAUCAAGGGGACUUAAUCGCUAAAUCCGAUGGAUCCAUCAGUCGUUCCCAUGCUAAAAUCGAGAUUUUCUCUUGCUUGGAAAAAUGUCAAGUGACCGAUACAAAAUCCAAAUAUGGAACCUUUCUCAUGGACAACAAUAAUCAAGUUCUCAUGCAAAUAAAAGAUGUUUAUACGAUUCAGCCCAAUGACAGAAUUCGUUUCGGUCUCCAAAAUUGCAUUUUGACAUUUAUUCAACAAACUUUUGUCUUGUUAACAUCAUCCUUAACUCGAGAAGACAAAGAAGAACUGACGGAAAUAAUGGCAGCAAUAAAUGGUACAAUUCUCGAAGAAUGGAAUGACAGCUGCACACAUCUUACAGUUUCCAUUCCAAAAUUAACUGCCAAAUUAGUAUGUGCUCUAGCAGCUGGAGUUUCCAUUGUGACAAUAGAUUAUUGGAGAUCAGUGAAAAAAGCGAAACGCGAAGGUAAUCCCAUUCCAGAUCCUAGUAAAUUCUGUCCAGUUCUCGAGGACUCGAUGUUACUGAAAAACGAAACUUCUCUUCUCCCAAAUCCCUCUCGGAAAUCAAUCUUCAUGGAUUUUGUAUUCAUUCACUUCAGGAAGAAUCAAAUGGAUACGUACAAGAAAAUGAUUGAAUUAUCGGGAGGAACGUCAGUCUUCUAUGGUGAGAAGAGCUUCGAUAAGAAAUUAUUGUCUCACUCAAACUCUAGAGUCAUACUUUACCACGACGAUGACAGCCAGACUGAGCCUUAUAGAGUACCUGAUGUGGCCAGAGUGAAGAGCUUCUUGAAAAAUAAUAAUCGCCGAAUGAUUCCGGAAAUUGAAAUCACCUUGGCAAUUCUUUCCGCUUCUGUCGAAAGCUGUUGUAAUCCAUCUUUUUCGUAUGAGAAUUUACUUAAGAAUGCAAGAGAGAAAAAAGUGGUAGAGGAAGGAGAAAUAUUAGCAGCUGAGACUCAGGCGAGUGCAAAUCGUCUUGCUGGGAGAAAUGCAAUCGUUCCAGAAUCCUUGAUCAUAGCCGAAACCGAAUCCUUUGGAGAUAAUGACACUGAGAGAUCUAUCGAAGAUAGAAUGGGAUCACCGAUGGAUUUGAUUAGUGAAUUUCCGGACAAGAAGAACGAGAGAAAAAGAUCCAGAGACCUUGAGAAUAAUGACACUGACAAGAAUGUGAAGAAAGCUAAAGCUGUGUGUAUGCCUGAGGAAAAUGUCAAGAAAUUAUCACAAAGGCUAUUGGCAUCUAUAAAAUCAGAUAAUCCAGGGACCAAGGGAAAAUCCUGCGAUCGUGAUAACAGCCGUGGACAAGUCCUAGUUGAUGAAUCAGCGAAGGAAUCUACAGAAUUGCGGAACAAUAUUCUUGAAAUUCCAAGGAAAAUGGUAAUUAGUAACCACACAAAUGAACAAAGCAGUGAUGGGAGAGACGAUAAAAAAAAUGAUAAGAUUGAUGUAGAAAUAAUUAAAAGUCCGGUGAAAGUUGUAACAAAAUCGAAAAUUUAUGAAAAUAAUGGCGUUCCGGAAAAUUCUUUGCCCGACAAAAAUGGGAGAUCAUCGAGCUUUUUGCAUGUAUCUGACGAUGAAAUGGAGAUAAUUCAAAAUCCAACGGUGGAUGAUCAUGGAGAGGAUGAUACUUGGAGAGAGCUCCGGAAGGAGAGCUCCCUGGUACGACUUCUUAAAGAUUCCUUGGGAGAUGAGGAAUCGAUGGACAAAUCAUUGUGGAGACCUGAAGUUUUCUCUGGUCAACAUAUUGGGAAAAAGUUCAAGAAAUUCUAUCGGGUCAUACCACAAAGACCUCUCAUCGAGUGGCAACGUAAUCUCUAAUGGUUAUAUUUUGUUUACCAAUAUUAUAACUCGUUUUUACCUUAUUUUAUCAUUGAUAACUAAUAAAAACAUCCGAGAUUAUGGUGUGUUAAA